UUUGUGACCUAUUAGAGGCACGGGUCUGUUAAAUAGCAGAAGUAGAGCUUGAUACAACCUAGAAAGACUUCAUGUAAUUCAGAGCCUGAUAAGUCAUCUAAUACAACCUGUGGAUAAUUCACUUCAGAUGGCGGGGAUGGAGUAGAUUUGGUGGGGCAUCUAUAUGUCUGCUAAAGACAGUAUUUUUAUAUAUAAACGACUGAUAACUGGGUGAAAUUUUCACUCAGUGGAAUUCAUAGCUGCUAUGGGGCAGAAGAAUGGUAAAUUAGAUAUAAGAAAUGGUCAGGAUGGAAGAGAAACAGUGGAUGUAGAUCCUACUUCUGGAGAACCAUUACCCUCCUCCUCAUCACACCCAACAGAUACAGUAUCAACUGUAGAAGCUACUCCUAAAUCAUCUAAAACAAUUCCUGCAAAGCAAUCCAAACAGAAGUCUGGACCAGAAGAGGUAAUAAUGGAAAAGAAGACCAAGUCCAAAUUGUCGACUUCACCUAAAGUUUCGGAAGAGACAUUUACUCCAAUGGCUAAAAAUCUGCCUCAUGCCACAUCCACACCAGUAGCAAAUGGAGUCUGUGAAACAAAUGCUCCAACAAAUUUAUCAGGUAUUGAUUCUGGAUCAGGAUCUGAAGAUGAAACCGAUGAUGAAGAUUACAAUACAGAUCAGGAUCAGGAUCAGGAUCAACAUGAUAAUAGAUCAUUAGAAAGAAAAACUGAAGUGAAUUUUGGUAGAUUUUAUAAUAAAAGUUAUCUUAGUAACAGUGAUAAGGGUUAUUUAAAACGAUCAUCACAAAAUCUACAAGAAAAGAAAAGUCUUACUCCAUCUUUCAUAAAACCAGAAAAAUUUUCUUACAGCCAUGAAAAACCUGAAUUUCUAAAAGCUAAAAAAGGAAGUGGUAUGAUGGCAUUAGCAUCUGGUAAAAGGGUAGUACGAGUUCAUCAUAAACCAUCAGUUGCUGAUUUAAAGAAUGAAGAAGCUGUUAAAUUAAGUAUGUAUCCAGCAGGUAAACCUAGAGAAGCUAAUGAACCAGAAAAAAUAGAACGAGAUGAUUGGCCAGGUCCUGCUUCUCCAGCAGCCCUAUUACCAGAAAUUUUAAGAGAAAGACGAAGAAGUCGUGGUGAAGAAGAUGGAGAAGAAGAUGAAGAAAAUCAGAAAGCAUUAGACAAUCCAAAAAUAAAGAGAGAAUUAGAAGAAAUGACCAAACUAAAAGAUAAAUCUGGAAUAGGUUCGGUUAUUUAUAAAGAGUUAGAAGAAAGAAAGGCACUACCUAUACAAGCCUUAAAUCCGUGGAAAUCAUCCCGUGUACCUAGUGCGAAGUAUGAACCAAGAUAUUGUACCAGAUAUCAGUCCCCUAUGUUUGCAUCACCAUCUCGUUUCUUGGAUUAUAGUAGAAGAUCAUGGGAUGAUAGUGAUAUUCGAGGUUAUAGAUCUCUUACAACAUUAGCUAAUUUACCAAUUCCAAAGCCAGGUUAUGGACCGAGUUAUGGGCUAUCACCAAGAGCAACCACGCUUCCUCUUUCUGGUGUUUAUGGUGCUAGAGUAGACUAUCAAAUUUUAGAUUAUGAACAUGACCAAGAAAGACAAGAUCUUCAGAAUUCUACAGAUUCUGGAAUACGGAAUGAAGGACGAGUACAAGGUUUCGUAGAAGGACCAUCCAUAUCUGUUCUUAAAUUACAGAAAAGUACUUGGCAUACAGAAGCUGAACCCCGGAUGUAUGAAUAUGAUAGAUUGAAAGUUACUAACUUCAUUUUACCUAAAGAUGUUGAUAGAAAUAUGCUAGAAAUUCAUUUAAAUGAUGAAGAUUUUGAUAAUUUAUUUAAGAUGCCGCGAGAUAAAUUCUACAAAUUGGCUGAAUGGAAGCGCAACGACAUAAAGAAAAAGUUAGAUUUAUAUUAAACUUUAUCAGCUUGAUCGACUGUCACUAACCAUAUUAAUUAUUAAAAUAUAAUUUUUCUAAUAACAUGAAUAAAUUCACAAGUUAUUAUUUAAUGAGAAUAUUGAGAAUUGCUUUUACUAUUACAAUUACAAGACCAGCUUAAAUACAUUGUGUGCAAUCCAUCUUUUCUAUUUUCUGAGCGAAAUAUAAUACAUGUAUAUAGUUGUAUAUAUUUUAAUAUCCAAAUCUGUUGUGUUGAUGCUUGUGAAGAGAGGAGUAAUGAACUUUUAAUUACCAUAAAAAGACGAAAGGACAUAUCCAUCUGUUAUGCAUUAUAAUUUGUUGUGAGACAGAUGCCUUCCAUGUGUAUUUUUAUAUGCCCACAUUGAAAUGUGGUCGUAUAUUGUCGUCGCCCCCGUCCGUCCGUCGGUCCACAAUUGCUUGUGGACGCUCUAGAGGCUAAAGUUAAUAUCCGAUUGACUUUAAAUUUAUGAACAAUGUUUAAGGUCAUGAGACGAAGAAGCAUGUUGAUUUUCAGCGAUAUCCGAUAAUUACUGCCAGAGUUAUGGCCCUUGAUCACUUCAAAAAAUCUUGUGGACGCUCUACAGGCCAAAGUUAAUAUCCGAUUGACUUUAAAUUUAUACACAGUGUUUAAAGUCAUGAGACGAAGACGCCUAUUGAUUUUCAGCCUUUUCCGAUCAGUACUGCCAGAGUGUUCAAAGUCAUGAGACGAAGAAGCCUAUUGAUUUUCAAUGAAUUUUGAUAACUUGAACAACUAAAUCCAUGAUAUUAAAUAUUUCGUAUACUAAAAGUUAGCAUGGGGCAGAACUUUAUAAAAACCAAAUAAAUUCUAAUGAUUUUCUAAUAAUUACUUAAUGAGUUGUUACUCUUAAUCAGAUUUUAGUGUAUUAUAAAUGUUUCAUUACCGAAAAAAGUAAAAAUAUGCGACAAGUCUUGUUGACUGCCCGGACGAUUUAGCUGCUGUGGGUGUAUAUUUCGUUGCCUGGCAACCUAUCUUUUCCAUUAUAUGUUCAUUAAUGUUUGUACAUUUUUUUGAUUGUAAUAUGUGCUACUGCUUUGAGUUCUGACCUAGUCCAUCUUUUAGCUUGUAAAUCCAUGCAAAUUAUAUCUUUUAGCAUUUUGGUUUAUUUUUGAUUAUUUAUCUAAAGGAUUAAACAGGCAAUUUUAAUUAA